UUGUUUUCACCCGGGCUCUGGUACCUGACGCACAGCUGGGGGAGGACUACCUGCGGUGGAGGUUUGAGGGUGUGCGGAGGGGCGCUCGAGGCCGGCGGGCGCGAGGACUGUCGGAGGGGAGCUGGGAGCCAGCCGGGGCGCCGUGGUGCUCGGCCGCCGCGAUGUCAGCGCAGUGCUGUGCGGGCCAGUUCUGCUAGUGAUCCUGUUUUUCCAAGUCAGGAAAAGGGACUGAAUGAAGGGCGGUGCCAGAUUUGAAGAUUUCUUUCCUUUUGCAGUCUGGACUGAGUUGAGACGUCCUAAAGCCAGCUUGGCUCUCCACAACCCUCGAGGAAAACGUCUUUUUGAUGAAUGGUUUCCACAUUGCUGAGGAAUUUACACACCCCAAAACGAAAGCGUCGAAACUAAAAAAUGUGACCCACAUUUGGGCUGGUUCUGGUGACAGAAUGUCCUGCGUACUUGCCGCCUCCCUAAGUGGAGCCAAGGGAGCAUGACUUAAUGUGAUGCCUGGGCCAUCAUCGUCAUGAAUGAGCUCUCACUGCUGCUGUGUGAGCUGUACCUGACAGAACAGAGACCAUGAAGCAGUUAGGGGGAUGCUCACAGUACCUGUGAGUUGGCCUGCUGCUGUGGGACUGCUGGCUGCUCCCUCUGCUGUGGCUGUUGCCCCAAGAUCCGACAGUCCCGGAGUACCCGCUUCAUGUAUGCCCUCUACUUCAUUCUCGUCUCCGUCCUCUGCUGCAUCAUGAUGUCACAAACCGUGGCCAAUGAGAUGAAAGAGCACGUUCUGAACAAAUCGACAAAAAGACUACGGUGUCAGCAGAUUCCUUUUUACGAAGACAUUUGUAAAGGCAUUAAAGCUGGUGACACCUGUGAGAAGCUGGUGGGGUAUUCUGCGGUGUAUAGAGUCUGCUUUGGGAUGGCCUGUUUCUUCUUUAUCUUCUGCAUCCUGACCUUAAAUAUCAACAACAGCAAAAGCUGCAGAGCCUACAUUCACAAUGGCUUUUGGUUCUUCAAGCUCCUGCUUCUGGGGGCCAUGUGCUCAGGCGCUUUCUUCAUUCCAGACCAGGAGACCUUUCUGAAAGCCUGGCGCUAUGUGGGAGCCAUCGGAGCCUUCCUCUUUAUAGGCAUCCAGCUCAUCCUGCUCGUGGAGUUCGCACAUAAAUGGAACAAGAACUGGACCGCAGGAACCACUCACAACAAGCUGUGGUACGCCGCUCUGUCCCUGGUGACCCUCAUCAUGUACUCCAUCGCCGCUGGAGGCUUGAUUUUGAUGGCAGUGUUUUAUACACAGAAAGAUGGUUGCAUGGAGAACAAAAUUCUCCUGGGAGUAAACGGAGGCCUGUGUGUACUGAUUUCAUUGGUCGCCAUCUCACCCUGUGUCCAAAAUCGGCAGCCCCACUCCGGGUUACUGCAGUCGGGGCUCAUAAGCUGCUAUGUCACGUAUCUCACCUUCUCAGCUCUGUCCAGCAAACCUGUAAAAGAGGAUCCGGGUGCACAUGGGAAGAACGUUACGAUCUGUGUGCCUGACUUUGGUCAGGACCUGUACAGAGACGAAAACUUGGUGACUGGACUGGGUACCACUCUCUUGUUUGCGUGCAUCUUAUAUUCAUGUUUGACAUCGACAACGAGAUCGAGUUCCGAUGCUCUGCAGGGGCGCCAUGCAGCUCCCGAACUGGAAGUAGCUCGGUGUUGCUUUUGCUUCGGUCCCUAUGGAGAAGACACUGAAGACCCGCAGAAUAUGAAAGAGGGGCCGGGCGUCAUUUAUGACGAGAAGAGAAGCACCGUCUACAGCUAUUCCUAUUUCCACGGAGUCUUCUUUUUGGCUUCCCUCUAUGUGAUGAUGACCGUCACCAACUGGUUCAACUAUGAAAGUGCCUACAUUGAAACCUUCUUCAGCGGGAGCCCGUCCAUCUUCUGGGUCAAGAUGGCCUCCUGCUGGGUGUGCGUGCUGCUGUACCUGUGGACGCUGGUGGCGCCCCUCUGCUGUCCUUCUCGGCAGUUCUAUGUGUGAGGCCUGCAGCUGGAAGGGACGUCCUUUGAGCAAGCGUCCCAGGGGUCUGAGCGCUGACUGGCGCUUUUCGAAAAGCUGGCUUCCCCUGGCUUUCAGGGGAGGAAAAAAUCACCUGAUAAGCUUUUUAAUUCUGAAAUUCGAAAAGAAACUACCAAGUUAUCCCGAAAGAAUUGAAAAUUUUAACCAAGUUGAUCCUGAGUGAUGCUGUGUUUUGUAUGUGUCUUACCCCUAAAAACUGGGGUGGUGGUUAGGCUAAUACUUUUCUUCUGCACGUUUUUACCAAAACAGUUUGGAGUAUGACACCUCACAGGGGUAGAAAUUUACCUUGUGUGGCCUGUCAUUCUUAUCCUUGGAAUAGAAAACAUGCCAAAAGCUUGAGCCUUCUGCCCCUGACAGAAUGCAGACCCCUGUGCACACCUGGGCCCGCGGGACCCCGCACACAGCCCCCUGGUAUUUAUAGGGCACAAGAGGCAGCACCUGCUUUUAGCUCCACUUGUGCUGCUUCCUCCGGGCCCCCAGACGUUUCCCUUGGAAGUUGUGAUGCUGGGAAUCACAUCUGCCGUUGUCCUGUCGCCCUUCCUCGAGGUCCCCUCAUCCUUUCUGGGUUCAGUAUCUUUGUUAUGUGACAAAGCACAAUUUGCUAUCACCACCUGUGGAGCCAACACCCCCCCCCCCCCCCCCCCCCCCCGUAUUAUCACUACCUGAUCGGAGUCACUGCAAUAAUUACGACUCUUAUUUGUGGAGUUAUUCACAUGAUUAUAGAACAAUAUUCAUGUUGUUUUCUUUGUCUGAACGAUGGAGAGCUAUGGUCUUACUUGUUCGUGCUAUUAACAGUAAUAAUACUGUAGAGCCUUACCUGGAAGGUUGCUUCCUGGCUGAAGCCUGCUGCGCCCCUUUCAGUGUUAAGGUCAGCCCCCCAGUUUCUCUUCCACCUUGAGGCCUUUGAAAUGUUAGAGACGGAGGGCUUUUGAUUUCCAGAUGUGUAAGGGGGCCACACCAUUAAUGGCCACUGUGGGGUUUUGCAGUAGAUUUGCUGAGGUGGGGAUCACAGGCAGCACCUUGACAGGGCUGACCAGAUAAGCCGGUUAAACAAGUAGAAGUGACAAAAUAUACUUAGAAGGAAAGGUGGACGGACGGUGGGGCUUUUUAAUGGAGCCGUCACCAGCAUCCACAGAAAGUUCUAAAACACAUACUUGUAAGCUAAUCCUCAGGAGAUACUGGACGUCGGGCAGCUGCCCAAGAAGAUGUCCAUUUUGGGUGCUGAUGUUCUCGGUCAGGAAGAGAGUUUACUUGGUGGAAAGUCUGUUAGAGACCCCAGUGGAGACACCUCGGGGUGUCCUGUUAGCGUCUCGUGCAGGAUGGAAGGACUCCUCAAACUCCCCAGCAGAGAAGGUCUGAGAUGGAAAAGCUGGUCUGUGCCCCACUGUAUGAGUUGGGCAGAAUUGGGUCCCACGUCAGCUGGGCUCCAGUGUGCCAAAAAGCUGGCUUUGGGAAUUAGCCAAAUACUUCAUUCCUACUUUUUUGCCCUCCUCCCAGGAAAACAAAUACAACUAUUGAUUCUUCUGGGAACUUGCCUUAUUGACAGUGUCUGAGAUGCAGUUUUAAAAGGCACUUGUGUGUGAGAAAGAGCCUUUUGUUAGGCAGGAGCUCUUUGUGCUCAGCAGUUGAAAGAUGAUCUGGAGCCACAAAAUGAAGAGCUGCCAGGGGCAGCCUACCCCGUGGGAGUGGAGCGCUGGGAGUGGGGACCGGUUGAGGGAGUGGGGCUGUGUGUGUAGCAGCAGCUUCCUGGUUGCUGCGGUGGCCAGUGCAGUGACCAAGGGCUCGGAGGAAGGGAGAUUGGCUUUAGGAAAGACCACAGGAGGAGGCGGAUCAAGAGCUGGGGUUGUAUCAGUAACUAGCUUUGUUAGGUUUUCUUCCUGCUAGUUGGGUCUGGUAGCCAGCUAUGUGACUUUGGAACUGGUCCUUACAGCAAGUCAAGGUCAGGCUGACAGAGUCGAGUAUUGGCUGGCCUUUGUCGCCCCCGCCCCCUCCCCUGCAGAAAGAUGCUCAGGGAAACACAAAAGGAAGGCCAUUGCCAAUGGCAGGGCCCUGGGCACUUCCUUCCUUAGCUUGCCCAGCCAACCCACGGUUUCCAGAUGCUUAAGACUUGGUUUGUGGCCUGUAGUUCCUUUCUGAAAUUUGGUCUGACACAAGAGGCAUAAUUACAGUCAUCUGGUUUUUUGUUCUCAACUGAAAAUUUAAGCAAGUGUAUUUGAAUGAUCAAGAGAGAUGUGGAUGUACUCUGAGAACUGUGGGCAUAUAAAUUAAGUUGACUUUCAUGAUUAUUCAUUGUAAUAAACAAUACUCAGGUGAUGAGUCAACAUUCAAAUAUAGGUUUAAAGAAGCCUAUGUUUUUGUGCUAUCGUGAUUUAAGAAACUGGAAAAAUUUUGCCAAUUGCUUUGAAUUGCUGUAACAAUGGUGUUCAUUUGGUAAAUUCUUUUUUAACUAAUAGACUUUUGCUUCCUACAACUUUUUGUACAUAAUUUAAAAAGUGCAUCCCUAGAAGCUGCUGGUCAGAUUCCUUUAGUGAUGAAAGCCCAAAAAGUUUUAAAAACUCUGUUUCCUCUGUGCUAUUCAUCCAAUGUGGGACAUUUCCCCUUCAUUUCCAUGAGUAAAAAGACGGAGCGGGGGAGGGGCUCUUUUGCGAGUGUUGCUGUAUAUCCAGACAUGUCACCUGACUGAAUGCCAGAGACUUUUCUAUCAAAGCUUUCGGACACCCUACUUUGUCCUUACUGGGUCUUGCUUUUGUCUUGGUUUUAUUCUCACAGUUUCUUGGGAAAUGGCUUGAAGGAAUUGGUUGCCAGAGAUAUUUGGAGCUCCUUGGUGGUGUAAUGGACUGUGUUCCUGUGGCUGUGGGAGAGUGAGGUUACUGGGGACCUGGGCCCUGGUGCCCGUCAGGAAUGGCCAGCAGGGGGGCUCCCACACCAAAGUGUUUCGUUUUAGUUCCUCAGAAGUUUCUUCAUUAUGGGUGACCUCUAUUUAGUGCUAGUUCCACCCACCCAUUUGUCACCCUCUGCCUUUUUAAUAUGGCUUUGAAAAAUUAUGUGUUGCCCCAGCUGGUUUGGCUCAGUGGAUAGAAUGUUAGCUCACGGACUGAAGAGUCCCAGGUUUGAUUCUGGUCAAGGUCACAUACCUCGGUUGCAGGCUCAAUACCUGGCCCUGGUCGGGGCAUGUGCGAGAGGCAACCAAUUGAUGUAUCUUUCACAUCGAUGUGUCUCUGUCUCUGUCUCUCCUCCCCUCCACUCUCUCUAAAAAUCAAUGGAAAAAUAUCCUCUAUGAGGAUUAACAAAAAAAUUUAAAUUAUGUGCUUAAUUUUGGCCAGAAGUUUACUACCAUUGGUGCUUCAUAUUACCUAUAAAAAGGGAAUUCAGAGCCUGCAUUUAAGCUACCUGGGCUUUUUUCUCCCUUGACUGCCUUUCUGAAUAGCCUCUCAGUUUGCUGUGCAUGCGUGUCCUGCCCCUCUUGGAAAGGAAAGAGGGUUUAUCCUGAAACUAAGAAGGGGUGCCCUUGGGCUAAGACCCUGUUUGCACAGAGAGAACAUUGGGCCUUCUUUCUUCAACCAGGGACAGUGCAGUAGCCAUGCGGUUCUCUGUAGGACAUCCUUCUUAAUUUCCAAUAGCACGAACUCCCUAUGGCUUUGUUCUUAAGGCCAUCGUGUUUCCUGCCAUCUUUAAUACAGUUGUAAAGACUCAGACGUUUUAUUUUUUACUUUUUAAAAAUAUUUUUUUAUUGAUUUCAGAGAGGAAGGGGGAGAGAGAGAGAGAGAGAGAGAAAGAGAGAGAGAGAAACAUCAAUGAUGAGAAUAAUCUAUCAGCUGCCUCCUGCAUGUCCCCUACUGUGGAUCGAGCCUUCAACCCGGGCAUGUGCCCUGACCAAACCAUGACCUUCUGGUUCAUAGGUCAGCGCUCAACCAUACCGGCUGGGCAAGACUCAGACGUUUUAAUACAGUGUUGCAUUUCAGGCAGAGAUGGGCUCUCUAAGGUUAGAUCUACUUAAUUUGGUCGGAGAGCUAUUUAUUUACACAGAUCUUCGGAACUAAUGCUCGACAUUUUCAAGAUCUUUCUCUUUUUUCUUCCUCAGUAAAUCAUUUGUAGAGAUGUUCAUUUUACCGAAGAGGCAUCUUUUGUUUUGUUUUAAAGUAAAAUUCUUUCAGCAAGAUCUUAAUUGGGGAAGGGUGGAUUAAGAAUACAUAUAUCCAAAUUCACUUCUAUAGGAGUUUAAUGAUAUAUAUGUGAGUAAAGUUAUGGAAGAAUUCUUGAAGGUAAUCCUUUGGUGUGAAGGAUCCUGGGAAAUCCUCUCAGGUAAGGAAAGCAGAUGUGUAAUAUAUGUCUUGAGAGCUAUUUAUAAGAAAUUUAAGAGGAUUGUUUUGUUUUCAUUAAUUAAAGACUUAAGGUUUUUUUUUUUACUUUACAAAGAAAAUUCUACAAAAAUUUUAUAGUCAUAACUUUGUUAAUUUUUUAAACUUUUCUGAAAUAAUUAGCUGUAGCCAAAUUAUGUGGUUUUGUUUUACAGUAUUAGAAUUUUAAAAAUGUAAUAUAUGUGGUAAAUCUACUCUGAAAUUUAUAAUGGUCUCAGAUAUGAUUAGAGUUUUGGUAACUUUUAAAUAUUUCCCCCCUCUAGUCACAAAGGCAACUAUGGAUUUAUAUUUGUUUUUUGAAUGCUAAUUUUUCUAUGAAGCGUCUGAAGUUGACCAGUCUUUUCCUAUGUAGAAAACUCAAAACUUGUUAACUCUGUACUUUAAUAAAAUUUAAAACUGAAAACCA